AUGACCAGACCGGAGUCUUAUCCCAGUCCGGUACGCGGUGAACGAGUGUCCCGUUUCGAGAAACCGCGCCAUUACGUAGAACAAUCUUCCAACCGCGGCGUGCGUAUCUUCACCGGCGAAGAGAAGCAACCGAAAGUGUUCUGCAAUCCGGUGAUAUACGAUCAAGAUUCAGUACGUCGCCAACCGUACCAGGAGAACGAUUGGGAAGACAACGAACGAUCACCGAACCGGGCAACAGAUCGGGCCACCAACUCUUCCGGCUCGGAUAGUGGAGGAACUUACGACGUGCGCCGUUCGGUGUUGGAGAAUGCCCUCAACAUUGCGUUCCUGGCGGCCAAUUCCAACCAGCUGCGUCUAGUGACGACGACCGAAGUGGAUCGACAGGACACUACCACCUAUCAGGCACUGCUGGGGCUGCUAGUAGUGUCACUGAUACUCCAAAUUCUUAACUGCGUUGCAAUGCUGAUUAUGUCGACACACGCUUCCCAACGCUGGCCUCUACUGCGAACCUUGGCCUGCAUCGUUGCUACCGUGAUUGCGCUACUCAAUUUGGCUGUAAUAACUGUGCUCAACAUGCUACUGGAAACGGACUGA